AUGGAGGAAAUAAUGAAUGUUGUCGCUGUAUUGGAAAAUGUUGAAUUGCAAGCAGACGCACAAACCGCUAGAAGAAGUUUUACCAAAAGAAUUGAUGCUUUUGCAUUGAGCGACAAGGAUUUUAUACUUAUAGCUUUAAACUUUUUUGCGACUGGAAGUUAUCAGCUACCAACGGGAAAUGGUAUUUUUGCAUCAGUUUCACAACCAUCAGUAUCAAGAGCUUUGGAAGAAGUUGUCAAUGCUUUAAAUGAACCGACAAUUUUUAACUCUUGGGUGAAAUAUCCUUCUAAUUUUCAGGAACUUCGUCUAGUUAGAGAAGAAUACAGUUUUAUUAGAUUUUUCAGGAAGUUCAAUUUUCCUGGGAUUGUAGGUAUAAUAGAUUGUACCCACAUUGCUAUUUUUCCUCCUCCAACGCAUGAUGCAAUUCAUCCUGAAUAUAUUUAUGUUAAUCGUAAAAAUUAUCAUAGUAUAAAUGUCCAACUUGUAUGUGAUAGUAAAAUGAAAAUUUUGAACAUAUGUUCUCUAUUUCCUGGAAGUGUCAAUGAUGCCUAUAUUUGGAAUAACUGUCAGCUAGAACCAACUUUAAGACGUAUAUUCAAUCAUGAACCUGGGUUCUAUUUAUUAGGAGAUUCCGGUUAUCCAUUAAGAGCAUGGCUUAUGACACCACUAAAUCACUAUGAACCAAACACCGCCGAAGCAAGAUAUAAUCAUCGAUUCAAGCAUGUUCGAUGUCUUAUAGAAAGGUGUAUUGGUUUACUAAAAAUGCGUUUUCGUUGCCUAUUAAAACAUAGAGUACUACACUACUCUCCAGUAAAAGCAUCAAAAAUAGUUAACGCAUGUGCAGUAUUGCACAAUAUGUGUGUUGAAAAUAAUGAGAUGUUACAAAGAGAAGAUUGCAUUAUAGAAAAUGAUGUAGAUUUUGGAAUUUUUGAACCUAUAAGAAAUGAAGGAAACAAUGAUAAUAAUAAUGAUGAUUUAACAGUUGGACGAAGAAUUCAACAAAGAAUUAUACAACGCUUUUAA